UUUUCAGCCCGGGCAUGUCAGAUGUAUACGAGUUGGAGUUCAGGAUACAACACAGCUAAAAGGAUAAAUUGUUAAAUCUGAGGAUUGUUGGAGAAUAUCUAUUUUUGGAUGAAUGAAUACUGCGUGUUUUACCACAUCUCAGCGUACUUCACGUCUCACGAUGAAUCCGGAUCUAUUCAAACCUUGUCCAGAACAUGGCCAAGUUAUUCUUCCUACUAAACCGAACAAGACCAAAUCGGAACAAAUCAAACCAGAUCUCGCCCAGGUGGUGACUGAUUCCAAUACAGGAAAAUCUUACAGCAAAGGAAAGCUUCUGGGAAAGGGUGGCUUUGCACGAUGCUAUGAAAUGACAGACCUUUCCAGCAACAAAAUGUAUGCUGUGAAGGUGAUACCACAGAGCAGGGUGUCAAAACCUCAUCAGAGGGAUAAGAUAACAAAUGAAAUUGAACUUCACAAAACCCUACAUCACAAACAUGUGGUGAAGUUCUCCCAUCACUUUGAAGACCAAGACAACAUCUAUAUUUUCCUUGAGCUCUGCAGUAGAAAGUCCCUGGCACACAUUUGGAAAGCAAGACACACACUGACAGACCCAGAAGUGCGGUACUACCUCCGGCAGAUCAUAUCUGGGCUGAAGUACCUUCACAACAGAGGCAUCCUUCACAGGGAUCUCAAAUUAGGCAAUUUCUUUGUGAAUGAGAACAUGGAGUUGCGUUUGGGAGACUUUGGGCUUGCUGCGAAGUUGGAAACAGUCGAGCAGAGGAAGAAAACAAUCUGUGGAACGCCAAACUACCUUGCCCCCGAGGUGUUGAACAGGCAGGGCCAUGGAACAGAGUCUGACAUCUGGUCACUAGGUUGUGUAAUGUACACACUGAUGUGCGGGAACCCUCCCUUUGAAACCCUUGACCUGAAGGAGACAUACAAGUGUAUCAAGGAGGUAAAAUACAACCUGCCCUCGACCCUGUCUCCUGCGGCUCAGAAGCUCAUCUCUGGCAUUUUGCAGAAGGACCCCAGUGACCGCUUCACACUAGACCAAAUCCUGAACCACCAAUUCUUCACCAAGGCUUUCACCCCGGAUAAACUGCCUCCCAGCAGCUGUGUGACAGUGCCAGAGCUCAACCUUCCCAGCCCGGCCAAGAGGUUUUUCACAAAGAUGGCCAAGAGUCUCUUUGGCAAGAGAAAAUCCAAAGUGGAGAAGAACCAUUGUGAAGAGCGAGAGAGCAUCUCCAAACUUGUGUCAGGAAUCGUGAAAUGUUCCAUCAGUCGCCAGAUGAGUUACAAAACAGUUUGCACCGAUGAGGCUCCCCCUCCCACGGUAGGCCAGCAAGUCAGCUCUGGUCUGCUGGAUACACCAGCUGAGGAGGAGUCCAGGAAGUCUGCAGCAUCACGCUCUUUUAAAGGCUCGGUGGCCAGCAGCACAGAACCGUGUGAAGAUGGCCUUACCCCUGCGUCUAUAGCUGAGUCGGCCAUGAAGGUCCUCAACAGCUGUUUGUCUGCCAUGCCUGCAGCUACAAGAAACCCGCCAUGUCUUUCCAGGCCCAAAUCCUUUAUCUGGGUCACAAAGUGGGUUGAUUAUUCCAACAAAUAUGGCUUUGGCUACCAGCUCUCCAAUCAAAACAUUGGUGUGCUUUUCAAUGAGGGGACACACUUGAGUCUGUGUGAUCAACGCAAGACUGUGCACUACUGCUUGACCAACAACAAACACUUCACCUUCCAGGCCAGUGCUUUACCAGAGCAGCUCUGCAGUCAGAAGCAGAUCGUGGAGCUGAUGGCCAACUACAUGGAACAGAACCUCAUGGAGGGUGGCGACCUCCACUGUGAAGACCAGCCUCCCUCCCAGCCGCCACUCCUUCUGCAGUGGGUGAAGACCGACCAUGCUCUGGUGAUGCUCUUCAACAACGGUACCCUGCAGGUGAAUUUCUACACCGACCACACCAAGAUCAUCCUGUGCAAGUCCUCCGACUCUUACCUACUGACCUACAUCAGCCGCGAACGCGUCUCCUACACAUACCUCCUGAGCAUGCUGUCAGAAAUGGGCUGUUCUGCCGAGCUAAGGCACCGCAUGCGCUACGUGGUACAGCUGCUCCAACAUCACGGAGAUUCAUAAUGGACCCACAGCUCAAGUAAGGUGAUGGUUAGGAUUGGGGGAGGGGAUGCUGAUCAUGGCUCUGUACCUAGGGAAAACUUCACCCCCAGGGCCAUGACUCUGGGCACCAUCCCCAAGUCUCAACCAACCUGCUGCUUUCUGCUCUCACUGGGAGCAAAUGACCAGGAGGCUCUGUUCAUUCAGGGAGUCCUCCCCAAUCUUAGGCUAGUGUCUGGCCUCUUUGGACUAUGGUGCCCUUGUUUGUUUUUGAAUUAACCUAUAUUCUGACUACAGUAUCACACUACUGGCUUGAUUCACUUCAUGCACACAAACCUGACCCUGUUCUCUCAGCUCAUGCUCAGACCUGAUUCUGAAAUGGCAGUGGGAUCACAAGCUGCCAAGUGACCCCCCCCCCCCAAUGUCAAAACUGAAGUUGGUCUUCGCGUUUUUUAUGCUUUGACAUUGCUUGCCUUUUUAUGAUAAUUGCACUUCACUAAUUGGUACACAACAGCAUACGGAGGGCAAUGGGUGUGACAACUUUCACUUUCUUUGGAUUCGCAGUAAUUUUCCCACUCGUUUUUAGCUAUAGAUACCAGAAGGUUAUUUUUUUGACCUUAACUGGGUAAUAUAGCUUUUUAGUGUUCAGUUGAAUAAGGCUGUGCUACACUGCAUUGUUUGGCAAAGGGGAUAAAGUGCCUUUGAGGGAUGUCUGCCUGUAUUGUGCAAUAGCAGCCCUUUUUGAAUGUGGAUGUGGUGGCAUGAGAUGGUCUACGGAGGCAAGUACUUUUUACUUGGAAUUGGUUAACUUCAAAUGGCUGAAUAGCACUAGUGUCACUACCUGGGUAUAAGCUUUUGAUAAAAUGGUAUAUAACCCUGUAAUAUCUAUGUAAUAAAACAAAUAUAUAAGUAUUGUGUUUAUCAUACUGUACCAUCCUUUGGUUUACAUUGCCUUCUCUACCCAGAGUUGGAUCCUUAAACUGUGAUUCCUUCUCUACCCAGAGUUGGAUCCUUAAACUGUGAUUCCUGAGUGCAAGUAUUAUACAACUUCCAGGUAAUGUCUUGUCAAAUCCAACGUUUUGAAAGCAUCUGCUUCAGAAUCUUUAUUUUUGUGCACAAAAAUGUCCUGUAUUUAUUUUAUUUAUACAUUUAUUUAUUGUGUAAUUGUAUGGUCUUGACACAUGGGAAAUGUUCAAUAUGAUCACUUUUGUGCUAUAUUGGCGUAAAAUAAAGUUUAUGGAAAUCA